UUUAUAUAAUUUAAAUAUAUAUAAUAAUAAAUAAUAUUGAUGUAUCUUAUUUGCUUAGAAACCCAUGCAGAUUUGAGGGAAGGAUAUACGUGUUUAUAUGGCUAUUCAAUCUUGUUCUGUUUUAGGGUGGCAUAAUGGGGAAGAUGUUCAGGAAUCCAUUUAACUCCUCAACUCAGGAUAAGGAGAGGACUGAAGACACAUCAGGAUCAAGGGACAAACUCACGUCGUCUGAAAAACAUUCCAAAGCCAAAGAUGUCAAAAGCAAUCUGAUCCAGAGAGAGAGGAAGGAGAGAACUGAAACACCGGCAGUUCCUCCUACACCCACUGAAGAGGAGCUGAAGGGUACAGCCUUACAUGACCGACUGAAGAAGAGAGAGACGGGCGACAAUCAGCUAAUUCAGGCUAACAGGAAUAUGAUCCUGAGAGAGAGGACAGGGCAAACUGCUGAAACUCCAGUGGUUCCUCCCAGACCAACAGAAGAGGAAAUGAACAGACCAGCCAGACGUGGUCAGCAAAAAAUUCAAAAAGACAAUCAGGACCAAUCUGAUGAAUGCCUUAAAGAGGGUGAAUCGCUCCUCACUGGGGAGAAGGAGGAGGGAGAAGACAAGGACAGAGAGGCAAAUAUUAAAAAACCUAAGAGACACAAUCCGUUCAUGCCACACGGUGCUGGAGGCAAGGGUAAAGCCAUGCAGAAGAAGGGUGAAACCCAGCAGGGAGCUACAGGCAGUGACUCAAAAGAGAAUGAUGGUGGAAAUAAAUCUUUAUUCGACCAAUUGGAGGAACUCCGUAUUAAUCCAGCAGAGCCAGAGGAGCAGCAGGAUAUGUAUGGCCUGAUGGAGUGGUGGGGCACAGUGGAGCAGUGGGAAGACAUGCCUCAAGAUGAUGACUUGACUGAAAAAGAGGAGGCCAAGGCAUUUGCAGUGACAGCUGAGAAGGUGCAGAAAGGUAUACGUGUGUUCAACAAGCUGUUCUCAGAGCGUGCAGAGAGCCUGUGGCAGCACGUCAUUAACCUGAACAGCAUUGCAGACGCCCUCGACUGCUUCAACAAGAAGACCAAGAUCGCCCAAAUCACUGGCGGCUCCACCAGCGCUGUAGGAGGCGUGUGUACCAUUGUAGGCCUCGCCCUGGCCCCUGUCACCAUGGGAGCCUCCCUGAUCGUCACGGCGGUGGGACUGAGCGUGGCCACAGCGGGCGGCCUGACCUCAGCCGGAGCCGGACUCUCCAACACGGUCAACAACUCCAUGGACCGUAAGAAGGUGGAGGCCAUUGUGGUGGACUACCAGGAGAAGAUGACCGACAUCAACAAGUGCAUGCUGUUCAUCAAGCAGGGGAUUGAGAGCUUGCGCAGGUUCGACCUGCUGAAGAUGAAGAAGCACGCGUACAACCGUGACUUCCCGGGCCUCAACAACAUCUAUGAGGACGGUGCCAUGGCUGGGAAGGCCAUCCUCAUCAACGCCAACGAGAUCAUGCGUGUGGUGCAGAUAGCCAACGUGGCUGGCAGCACCGCGGCCAGAGCUGUCCAGAUUGCCAGCAUGGCCACCGGAGUGCUCACCGGCCUCUUUGUGGGCAUGGACAUCUACUUUGUGGCGAAGGACUCCAAGGAGCUGAAGAAGGGAGCCAAGUCUGAGUUUGCUGCCAAGAUCAGGGAGGUGGCGACCCAGCUGCAUGAUGGACUGGUGGAGCUUAAUUGCAUACGGGUUGAGCUGCAGUCCACAAAUCCAGACAACACCAAUGACACCAGCAUUAAGACCAACAAUGACACCAACACCCCAGACAGUACCAAUAAUAGAAAAAAGCUGGACAGUGAUGAUGAUGCAGACAAUUAUAAAACUUCUGACAGCAAAAGCAUUGUUGAUAACAGCAAUACUUCAGAUAACAGCCAUAAGACCAGCAAAGCCUAACUGUAUUUCAUUCCAACUCAUCUCUACAACUACACAAACUAUCCUGUCAGAAUUAAAAAUACUAGAAUCCGGAACUCUGAGGAUCUGAUUCAUAUGUCUCUCUUUGAUGGCACAAGCACCAAUGCAUGAAACUUUUGUUUUACAUAGACUGUGCAUAGGCAGGUUAAAAGAUGACAUCACCAGUCAUCACUGGCUAGGGAGAAGAAUUGUUAUUAAAACUUUUCUCUCUGUAAUAUCGGGGGAAAUUAUAUGUUGUACGACAAGCCCAUGUCCACAUUUUGUAAUUGUAGUUGUGUGCAUUGAGCCUGUCUUGACAACACUAUCUACAGUACUUUAUGAACAGUAAGGGUUGUGAGCUAAAGCUGUUUGUUCAUGGAGGCGGGAAACUGUUCAGAGAUGCGAAUUAUGAAAUGAGGUUACAAAAUGUUACAAAUACAUUAUCAUGCACAUUAUUGAAGGGAUCAUGCUAACAAUCUUUUCCUAAGAGCCACAUUUAUUUUGAUGGUUUAGAUUUUUGAUAGCCUACACUACUGGUCAAA